AUGGCGCCGGCAGCGUCGAAUCCGAAGACUCCACACGCUCCGACAAAGUUCGUCCCAUCAACAAUAUACAAACCCGCUGUUCUGCAUCCGCCACAUUCUCUCAGCAAGAUAGGGCAGAGCGGCCACUGGGUACCAUAUCCUCUUGGUCUCAUGCCGUACGAUUCUUGGUACAAGCUCCAUCAUAGUAAUGGUGCUGACAUCCAGCCGAAACCGGCUCUCAGCUGUCCGGUCUGUGGAGGUAAGCGUGAAAUGACCGCUCACAUGCACAAACUAUUUCUGGUCGCCGAACGGCUUACCUGGGAGGACGAUCUACUGUCAGUUCACGACAAAGAACUCAACGCGAACUUGAACCUCAAGAUCAACAACGAGCACGGCAUCCAACGGCCCAUCGUCAACAACUCAGUACAUCUACCUGGGAGCAAGUACAGUAAGAUGAACAAAUUCCAUCCUUACUACAAUGAGCAUGAGAUGAUGCUCGCCCUUGAACUUCUGUCUGCAACAGAGAGCUUGACAGAAGCAUCGUGGUCGUUGUGGCUUGAGAUGCAGCUGUAUGCCGAAAAGAUAUGGGGAGCAGGCGAAACAACAGGUAGUCUCUCGUCUGAGACGAUGGCAGGAGAGCAUAUGAGAGCACCUGACACGACAUCACAUGACUGUGUGUCUGAACGACCGAGACACACUUCUGGGUUGCUCACGCCGCCAUUAUCCUCCGAGAAAGAGCCUGUGCAUGAAGACGCUUCCUUGAAGACAUCCACGACCACUGUCUUGCCCAUUCACGCUGCUAUUUCUGCCAUGCAACAGAGUCGUUCUACCACCAACGCCACAACUUCUUCCAGCUGUAGCAACCGCAUCAUCAGCUAUAGAAGCCUGCAAGACUUCUACACCCUUCUCGACCAGAUUGAGAGAACAUCGUAUGUCGGAGCGCUCUUCCUGGAAUCGUACGCUGAGAGGCUGAAGGACGAUAUGUGCAAGGACUGCUGGUUUGCUCACAACGUCAGACUUGAUGUUUUCUAG